AUGGUGGGGAAACAAGUUCCCAAAAAAUCGCUUUCAUAUACUUGCAAAGUAUGUGGCUCAAGGCAGGCGAGUGCAAUAUGCAAUGUCGGAUAGUCCUUCAAACUUCAAUUCAGGGGCCUAAGAUGAUUUCAAAGUCAGCAUACGAACAGGGAGUCGUUGUCGUGACAUGUAGUGGCUGUACAAAUCACCAUAUCAUUGCAGACAAUCUCGGAUGGUUCGAAGAUUUCAAGGUGAGAUGCAGGGCUAAUGGGGUUAUUCAGGCUGUGAAAAAAAUGAUUGUUUUCCGUUUUUUUCGUUUUUUUACGUCAAAAAAUCCAAUUCAGCGAUGUAAAAAAACGAAAAAAACGGAAAACAAACAUACGCUGAAUAGCCCCAUAAAAUGAGUUAGGCUAAAGAUGUUUUUUUAAUUUUAGGGAAAGAACAUCGAGCAGUUCUUGAAAAGAAAUGGAGAUCGAGUACAGAAAGGGACGACUUCAGAAGACGGAAUCAUUGAAUUAGAAGACACGAUAAAUUAA